AUGAAGGACAUAAAACAGGCAGACGUAAAACAUUAUCUAGAAACUUAUUACACAGAUAACAGUAUAGGUGAUGAUUUGAAAGAGGCCUUUGAUUAUAUUGAAAGAAAUAAACAUAAGAACAAUUUCCAUAAAUUAUUUGAAGAUUAUUUAGAAGAUUAUAAUAAGAAGUUAUUAAAAAAUGGAACCUUGUUAAGAGAUCAUGUGGUUUAUGAAUAUGAAAGAGUAAAACAGUAUAACAGUGAAUUAAUUGAAACGGAAGGAAGGAGUUGUAAUAAUAAAUAUCAUUAUUAUAUUAAUUAUGUGAAUAGUAUAAAUGAGAAUUAUAAAUUUUUAGGUCUUGACACAAAUGUAAUAUGUGAUUGUAUAAAUAAGAAGAUAUCAUUAUUUUUAGAAUUAUUUUUAAAAUAUUCUAAGAAGUUAAAUUUAAAUAUAGAAAUUGAACCAAUAUUAAAUAUGAGUGAUGAUGAAUCGUAUAUAUUUGGUCGUAUAUAUACAGAAAAUGAAAUGAAUAUAAGUGAAUCUAAUAUAAUAUUGGAAGGGAAUAUGAAAUGGAAUAAUGGUGAUAAAGCUCAAUUAUUAAAUUUGACUGAUAUGAGAAAUGUAUGUUUUUUUUUAGGACAAAUAUUAGCUAUAAAAGGUAAAAAAGAAAUUAAUCAAUUUAGUAUAAAAUAUUAUGUUAGUAAUGUAUAUGCUGGAUUACCAAGUCAUUUAAAAGUUCAAAUAGAUAAAGAAUUUGUAUUAAAACAUUUUAAUACAAAAGAAAUAGAAGAAGAUAAUAAGAUACAUGAAAAUAUAUUACAUUUAUAUAAUAAUGAAAAUAUUCAUAUAAUGAUUUGUAAUGGAUAUAUUUAUAAUGAUAAUAAUUAUAGUGAAAAUUUGGAUAAUUUCUUAAAAGUUGUAAAUGAGAAACUACCUCACGUUGUAUUAAUUUUUGGACCUUUUUUAUAUAUUCGUAAUUUUAGUGAAACUAUUCAAAAAAUAGGUGAUAUUAAUAUUAUUUAUGAAAAUUUAUUCAAAAAAAUAACUAAAUUUGCAAAAAAUGAAAUAUUAGAAAAAACACAUUUUUUUAUAAUACCAUCAAUAUAUGAUUCUAUAAAUAUAUAUCCAUUACCUCAACCACCUUUUUAUUAUGAAAAUAGUAAUAUCAAUUCACCUAAUGUACAUUUUUUAUCAAACCCUUCUUAUAUAUAUAUAAAUGAAUUAAAAAUUGCUUUAACAUCAUGUGAUAUUGUAUAUAAUUUAACAAGAAAUUUAUUAUGUAGACCUAGUGAACUCAAAUUAUUUUAUUUAUUUGAACAAAUACUAAGACAAUUAUCUCUAUUCCCUUCAUAUCCAUCUGAAUAUAAUAUUGAAAUAACGAAAUUCAAAAAUCUUCUAUUUCAACCUAAUAGAUUACCUGAUAUUUUUAUAUACCCAUCCUUUACAAAUGAAAAAUCUUAUAUAAAAGAAGUACACAAAAAAUUAUUUAUAUGUCCUUAUUCAAUUGAUGUUAAUAAAGCUCAGCCAAGUAAGUUCUUUUCUAAUAUAUACAUACUACCCCCAAACGAGACAAAUGAAUUAUCGAAGAGGGUCGUUUUGGAAAAUAUUUUUAUCUGUAACAAUAAAACGAAUAAUAUUUAA